AUGGUCGAUUCGGCGCCGCCCAAGGGCCGCGGGCCGCGCGAGACGCAGGGCCGCAUGGAGGCGUUGCGCACGCGCUGGACGCGCGUGCGCGAGGCGAGCUACCUCCAGGCGCAGGCGAAGCGCUUCGAGAAGCCCAAGCCCGCGCCGAAGCCCAAGGGCAAGACGCAGACGCAGCGGCGCACGGAGCGGCGCCGCGCGGCGCUCGGCGAGGCGCCGGCGCGGUCCUGGCCGACGAAGCGCGAGGUGCGCGCGCAGGCCGCGGGCGGCGUCGCCUUCGAGGACGCGGCGGCGGAGCUCGGCAUCGGCGCGCGCGGCGAGGACGACGACGGCGAGGUCCCGGAGGAGGCGUCCGGGUCCGAGGAGGAGGAGGACGGCGAGGAGGAGGAGGAGGCGGAGGUCGACGAGGACGCCGAGGAAGAAGAGGGCAUCGAGGUGGAGGAGGAGGAAGACGAAGAAGAGGAGGAAGAGGAGGAGGAGGAGGAGGAGGACUUCGACGACGACGACGGCGACGACGGCGACGACGCCGCGCGCGACCGCGCGGCGGCGAUGGACCGCCAGUUCGGCGCGGCGCUCGGCGCCGCGGAGGUCGCGGCCCUGGGCGCGCGGCGCGCGGGCCGCGACUACGCGGCCGUCGGCGCCGGGUCCGGCGCGGCGAAGAACUGGUCGGCGUCGCCGGGCUCGGACCUCGGCGGCCUGGAGCGCCUCGAGUCCGAGGAGCGGCGCCUCGGCGCGGCCGUGCGGGCGGCCCUCGGCGCGCCGUCGACGACGCAGCGGGCGCUGUUGCGCAGCCUGGGCGCCUACCGCGACGUGCUCGCGACGUGCGUGACGCCCUCGGGCGACACGGCGCGCGAGCCGCUGCUCCGGGCGACGCUCGCGCACGCCGUCGACCACGUGCUCCGGUCCCAGGCGCGCCAGCGGCGCCACGACCGCAGGGUCGCCGACACCGCCGCGGCGCCCGUCGAGGCGCGCAAGGGCGUCGCGCGGUCCGCGCCGCUGGAGGCGCCCGAGCCCACGGAGCGCUUCAAGACGCUGCUCGACGACGGCGCCGACGGCGGCGCCGACGGCGGCGCGCCGCGGGACCAGGGCCUGACGCGGGCGCGCGUGCUCGUGCUCGUGCCGACGCGCAAGGCCGCGCUCGAGGUCUGCGAAACGCUCGCGGAGCUCUGCGGCGGCGCGACGAGCCGCCUGGGCCGGCUCCGGCGCGAGUGCGGGCCCGGCGACGACGACGAGGAGGGCGGCGCGACGAAGCGCGAGGGCCCGCCGGACUGGGAGGCGGUCUUCGGCGGCAACUGCGACGACGACGCGUCGGUCGGCGUCGCGCUGGUGCCGGGGAAGCGGCGCGCGUGCAAGUUCUUCGCGGACUACGAGCGCAACGGCGCGGACGUGGUCGUGGCGACGCCGCUGAACGUGCGCCUCGCGGCGGAGCGCGCCGAGCGGCCCUGCCUCGACCAUCUCGGGAGCGUCGAGCUCGCCGUGCUCGACAUGGCGGACGUGCUACUGUACCAGAACUGGGACCACGUCGAGCGCGCGCUGGGCGCCUGCAACGGCCCGCCGUCGGCCGUGGACGCCGACGUGUCGCGCGUGCGCGAGCCCUACCUGGACGGCCACGGCGCCGCGUGCCGCCAGCUCGUCGCGCUGUCGCGGUUCGCGGACGCGCGGCUCCGGAGCCUCGUCGACGCGCCGGGCCCGGGGUCGCUGCGGAACCGCGCGGGCGCCGUGCGCCUCGCGGCGCCGCCGACGGCCGACGCCGCCUCGGGGCUGGGCCUGGCCGCGGCGCGCGAGGGCGAGCACGUCUUCCAGUCGCUGCGCGCGUCCGCGCCGGCGCGCGCGGCCGACGCGAAGGUGCGCUACUUCCGCGACGACGUCCUGUCGCCCCAGUUCGUCCAGUCGCUCCGCGACGACAGCCGCGACGACCGCACGCUCGUCUACUGCGCGUCGUACCCGGAGUUCGUCGCGUGCCGCGCCGCGCUCCGCGCCAAGGGCGCGCCCUUCCUCGCCAUCCACGAGUACAGCCGCGGCUCCGAGGUGUCGCGCGCGCGGAGCCGCUUCUUCCACGGCGAGCAGCGGCUCCUGCUCUACAGCGGCCGCGCGCACUUCUACCACCGCUACCGCGUCCGCGGCGCGACGAACUUCGUCUUCGUGUCCCCGCCGGACCACGCCCACUUCUACCCGGAGCUCCUCGACCUCGCGAAGCGCGCGGACGAGCCGACGCGGUCGCUGUGCCUCUACACGCGCUUCGACGCCCUGGCCCUGGAGCGCGUCCUCGGCGCGACGCGCGCGGCCGCGUGCCUCCGCAAGGACGCCCACGCGGGCAACCACGCCCACGUGUUUACGUCGUAA